CGCAGUCACAACUUCCGGAGGGAGGCGGAAGAGCCUUCAGGCUCUACGCUCGGGAGUACCGGGACCGCUGAGGGGCCACCCGGGGUACAGGAAAGGGCCGCUGGGAGCAGGCCGGCCGCACUCAGGGUGUCUGGGCCGCGAGUCUGAGGGAUGAGGAGGGGCCAUGGCCAGCGACGGGGCCAGGAAGCAAUUCUGGAAGCGUAGCAACAGCAAGGUCCCAGGCAGCAUCCAGCACGUGUAUGGAGCCCAGCACCCGCCCUUUGAUCCGCUGUUACAUGGCGCCUUGCUCAAGGCCGCGCCCAAGAUGCCGACCACACCGGUGAGGGCCAAGAGGGUCAGCACCUUCCAGGAGUUUGAGAGCAAUACCAGUGACGCCUGGGACGCCGGGGAGGAUGAUGAUGAGCUCCUGGCCAUGGCGGCGGAGAGCCUCAACACCGAGGUGGUCAUGGAGACGGCCCACCGGGUGUUGCGUGACCACAGCCAGCGGCGGGGGCGGCCCGCGCUGCAGGAGGCCCCAGGGCCAGAGCAGAGGCUGAAGCCUGAGGCAGAGCCACCUUCAGCCCCAGCUGACCUGCGGCUGGUGAAGUCUGUCAGCGAGAGCCACACGUCCCGUCCUGCAGAAAGUGCCAGUGAUGCUGUCCCUCUGCAGAGGUCCCAGUCUCUCCCACAUUCGGCCACCGUGGCACUGGGUGGGAUGUCCGACCCGAGCACCCUCAGCAGCUCAGCGCUGAGUAAGAGAGAGGCCUCCCGGCUCGACAAGUUCCAGCAGCUGCUUGCUGGCCCCAACACAGACCUCGAGGAAUUGAGGAAGCUGAGCUGGUCUGGGAUCCCUAAGCCAGUGCGUCCAAUCACGUGGAAGCUUCUCUCGGGUUACCUUCCUGCCAAUGUAGACCGAAGACCGUCCACUCUCCAGAGAAAACAAAAAGAGUAUUUUGCUUUUAUUGAGCACUAUUAUGAUUCUAGGAAUGAUGAAGUUCACCAAGAUACAUAUAGACAGAUCCACAUAGACAUCCCUCGGAUGAGCCCUGAAGCACUAAUACUUCAGCCCAAGGUGAUGGAGAUUUUCGAAAGGAUCUUGUUUAUAUGGGCAAUCCGUCACCCCGCCAGCGGAUACGUUCAGGGGAUAAAUGACCUCGUCACUCCUUUCUUUGUGGUCUUCAUUUGCGAACACAUAGAAGCAGAGGACGUGGACGCAGUGGACGUCUCCAGCGUGCCCGCAGACGUGCUGCGCAACAUCGAGGCCGACACCUACUGGUGCAUGAGCAAGCUGCUGGACGGCAUUCAGGACAACUACACCUUUGCCCAACCUGGGAUUCAAAUGAAAGUGAAGAUGUUGGAAGAACUCGUGAGCCGGAUUGACGAGCAAGUCCAUCGGCACCUGGACCAGCACGAGGUGAGGUACCUGCAGUUUGCCUUCCGCUGGAUGAACAACCUGCUGAUGCGGGAGGUGCCCCUCCGCUGCACCAUCCGUCUGUGGGACACCUACCAGUCUGAACCCGAGGGCUUUUCUCAUUUCCACUUGUACGUCUGUGCUGCUUUUCUCACGAGAUGGAGGAAAGAAAUAUUAGAAGAAAGAGAUUUUCAAGAGCUGCUGCUCUUCCUCCAGAACCUGCCCACGGCCCACUGGGACGACGAAGACAUCAGCCUGCUGCUGGCUGACGCGUACCGCCUCAAGUUUGCCUUCGCGGACGCCCCCAAUCACUAUAAGAAAUGAGCCUGGGUCCAUUGGCAGCAGGCCUCGCCGUCGUUCCCGGGAGGCGCCCCACCCCUGCCUGGCUGGCGGCAGGCCCUCGGGCCAGUCCUGGGACGAGGAAGACCCUUGUGGGGCAGCCCCGCCCUCCAGGGGAGCUUGCCGGGAUUGGUCCCCAGACUUGGUCCAGGGCUGGCAAGGAUGGGUGGCCUCUGUUUCCUGAGAUACCAAAGAGAGCCAGGGGAGGGUCCUGGCUUCUGGGGCCAGGGGCGGGUCGAGAUUCCCCCUUGCCCUCCCCCGGGAGCAUCCUUGCCAAAUGACCGCCUGCUGGAAGCCCAGCCUGGCAGCCUGAGAGGCAGAGGCCUGCUGCCCGGGCGCCGGGCCAGAGCGAGGUGGUAGCCAUCUCUCACCUACUUUGAAAUGCAAAAUUUCUAUUCUGUUGCGUGAGAAAGAAUAAAGCGUAG